CCGAUAUAUUUGAUAUAUUCGGCAUAUUUUGUCAAUAACUACGCGGUAACACUGCACGGCAUAUUAAAGUCUUUAAUAUAAUUUUUUAAUUUUAAAAUGUUCUCGCUGUUGCACAGAGAGGAGAAUGCGCAUGAGAAUUCGCUGUGGAGCUGUGCCUGGGGCCGAGAUCCACUGCCGGCUGAAAAAGAUGCCGCCACGGAGCCGGAAGAGGAGAAUCCCUUUGAUUUUGACAAAAAAGAGCCCAAGCCAAAAGAAUUUAUUGUGACGGGUGGUCUCGAUGAUCUGGUGAAAGUAUGGGACAUUCGUGAGGACAACACACUGAAGCUGCGCCAUGCGUUGAAGGGGCAUGCCCUGGGCGUCGUCUCCGUUGCCGUCAGUUCCGAUGGUCAAACCAUUGCCAGCAGCUCGCUGGACUCUACGAUGUGCCUGUGGGAUGCCAGGACUGGCGACAAGAAACAUUUGCUGACCUUUGGGCCUGUGGACCUGUGGACCGUGGGCUUCUCGCCGUGCGACAAAUACGUGAUUUCCGGCCUGAACGAUGGCAAGAUAUCCAUGUACAGUGUGGAGACGGGCAAGGCGGAGCAGGUGCUGGAUGCCCAGAAUGGCAAAUAUACUUUGAGCAUUGCUUAUAGUCCCGAUGGCAAAUACAUUGCCAGUGGUGCCAUUGAUGGCAUUAUAACCAUAUUUGAUGUGGCCGCGGGCAAAGUGGCACAGACCCUGGAAGGACAUGCCAUGCCAGUGCGCAGUUUGUGCUUCUCCCCGAACUCUCAGAUGCUGCUAACCGGCUCCGACGAUGGACACAUGAAGCUCUACGACGUCGCGCACUCUGAUGUCGUGGGCACACUCUCGGGCCAUGCCUCCUGGGUGUUAUGCGUUUCCUUCUCCGAGGAUGGCAAGCGCUUUGCCAGCUCCUCCAGCGAUCGCACAGUGAAAGUUUGGGACUCCUCCGAGCGCAAGUGCCUGCACACAUUCAACGAGCACAGCGACCAGGUGUGGAGCGUGCGCUACAGCCCCGGCAACGAUAAGGUGAUAUCCGCCUCCGAGGAUAGAUCGCUCAACGUCUACGAAUGCCCACCGAAUGCCAUGGUCUGAUGUGUACACAAUAAAUCGUAGCUAGGGUUAAAACAA